GCAAUUAACUUUUAUUUAGCCUAUUGUCAUGCAAAACUAUUUUAUAUUAUGUUUAAUUAUUUAUGCAUUGUUCAUGAUUGUUUUAUCAUGUUGCAACUGUCCCCGUUCCUGUCAGCCAUGAUAAAACCUCAUGUGCCAGCUAAACAAGGCUACCUUGAUGCAUGCUAACCAUACAGCUUAAAGUUAACAUAUUGAAUCACAUAAAAAGUGUGACAAAACAGUAUGACAAAAACAAAGCUCAAGAAAAUAAAUACUUUCAUAUUUCAAAAACAUUUUUUUGUCAAUAAAUCCUGGAGCAGCUCAGGAAUCUCCUUGAUUUUUCUCUGCAAUCCAAUCGUGCAUGUGCAGUGUGAGUGUCAUCACUCUAGCUCGUUUCUGAUUGGAGAUAAAUGACAUGUUGCAACUGUCCCCGGUCUCCCCUAUCAGUGAUUUUUCAGACUUCAUGCCACACUGUAAAACAAAUUUAUACAUUUUUCUCAAGUAUUUAUGUAGCAUUCAGAUUAUGGGGAAAAAACUGAGUUACUAAACUUAGUUCAAUAACACUUUCCAAUGGUGGCUCUGUCUGAAAAUAAUCACGCCCAGCAGCAAGAAACAGAGAAGCAGUUUCAGAAAUAUGUUUGUAUUUGUUUUUGUAAAAUAAAAACUGCUUUGGGUUGCUGAAAUAACCACGUAAAGAUCUGGCGACUCAAAGAGUGGCACGAUGGAGAGAGUAAAUCAUCAGCAAAUUUUUUUCAAAAGUGAACAACUCUUUUAAGCCCUGCCGUCAACAUUGGCUCAAAACUGAAUUUAUGUUUCCGCUCAGAUUCAAAGUUUUUAUUGCUUUAUUACUGCCUGGCAUGCUUUGAACACCACAUGCUCUGAUGUUCCAGGGCUGUACAGUGGUGUUUCCACACAGCAUGCUGACAUACAGUAGCUGUAUAUCACUACACUUCAGGACAUUAACAAUCCCUGCUGGAGAUCCUCCAUGAAUCCUUUAAGCAUUUAUAAGUCUGUUGACGUGAUUUUUGAAGUUAUUACAUAUACAAAAUCAUUAAGAGAUUUGACUGUGCAUUCAAAUAGCUGAUUUAAUUAGUAGUAGAUCGAUAUGUUUUACCAAAAUAUACUAGAUAGAAAUUAUUUUAAACUCCACUUGCUUUGAAGAAAAAAUUAAAACAGUCUUGUUUACAUUUAUGCACAGCCAUGCAUUUUAUAUAUUCUAAUAUAUUAAAUUAUAUGUAAAAAUGUUUGUGGGAGGAGCUCUGGAUAUCAGUGUUCCUCUGGAUGGCAGCAGAUACAUGAAUGAAGCUGAUGCACAUUUCACACAGCAAACCCAUGCGCUCUUCACACAUAUCCAAGGAUUCUCCGUCCUUUCAUAUGGCAACUUUUUCUUGCGUGUGAAUCUCAUACAGAAGAGGCGGUGAAGUCUGUCAUGAGCUUCUGAUCCUCUCAAGCCGGUACUGUUCUGAAAUCAGAGCUGCUUCACACAUGAUGAUCCGGCUGUGUGUGAGUUGGCUGGUUUUGCUGUUGGGAGUUCAGCUUGUUUUGGCUCAGCUGGAGGAUCUCGAUGAUGAUGAUGAUGCUGAUGAUGUAGAAGAUAAGAGAAAUGGAAGAAACAAAAUCACCUCAAAUGUCAUCCCAAAAAAUAACGAUGAGGACUGUAAUUUGGAACUGGCAUUUUUAGUGGACAGUUCAGAAAGUGCCAAAGGCAACCAUGCCCAAGAGAAACGCUUCGUUACAGAUCUCGUUACUCGGAUCCAGAACAUCAAUCUCCAAACCGGACGGGGCUUGAACUUCAGAACCGCUGUCCUUCAGUACAGCAGUCACGUGAUCACCGAGCAGACCUUCAAAGAUUGGAGAGGUGUGGCCACUUUCCAUGACCGCAUCGCGCCCAUUUCCUACAUAGGGCACGGUACCUACACCACCUACGCCAUCACCAACCUCACCCGCAUCUACCUGGAGGAGUCUGGCCCUGGCACCGUGAAGGUGGCCAUUCUGCUGUACGACGGCGUGUCGCAUCCCAAGAAUCCCGAUAUUUUCUCUGCUUUAGCUGAUGCCAAGAACCAAGGGAUUAAAUUCUUCACAGUAGGUUUCACAUCCGCUGCCAACGUGGAACAGCUGCGACUACUGGCCAGCCCUCCAGCCGCCCGCUACGUGCACAACCUACAGGACAAGAGCGUCGUGGACAAGAUCGUCAAAGAGAUCACUGAGGUAGCCAAUGAAGUGUGUCCUCUUUCCCCAAAAUGCACUUGUGAGAAAGGAGAUCGAGGACCCAGUGGACCUGCUGGUAAAAAGGGUCGUCCUGGAGACGAUGGAAGUCCAGGAGCUAAAGGACAAAAGGGAGAGGGCGGUUUCAGUGGAUCUCCUGGACGAGACGGGACAGAGGGGAAACCUGGAUACAAAGGAGAAAAGGGAGAGCGAGGAGAGUGUGGAACACCAGGAGUCAAAGGAGACCGAGGUCCGGAGGGUCCUGUUGGUAUCAGAGGAAGUCGAGGGCUGCAGGGUUUGCCCGGACCUAACGGAGACGUUGGACCAGAGGGCCUAACAGGCAAAAAAGGGGAGAGAGGCUUUCCUGGACCGCCAGGAGUACAGGGCGAGACUGGCACUGGGCUUCCUGGACCAAAGGGUGAUGUGGGGUUCCAAGGCAGAAUGGGUCCUCCCGGGCCUCCUGGGCUUGGCGAGCCGGGUCUACCGGGGCCACAGGGGCCGCAGGGUUCGCCUGGAGAGAAGGGCCCUACAGGAGAGGGUUUACCGGGGCCAAAGGGUGAGAGGGGUCUGGAGGGGCUGAAGGGACCCAGGGGACCAAUAGGUCCUGGCAUUAAAGGAGACAAGGGUGAUGUUGGUCCUCCUGGGCUUCAAGGUCCAGUUGGGCUUCCUGGAGAAGGGAUCCAAGGACAGAAGGGUGUGGAAGGACCACGUGGACCCCCGGGAAGCAGAGGCCCAUCGGGUGAGGGCUACCCGGGAUCAAAGGGUGACCAAGGUUUACCAGGUGAGAGUGGUGCACCAGGAGACAGAGGAGCAGGAGAACCGGGAGCAAAAGGGGAACCUGGAGCUCCAGGGUUUUCAGGAUUACCAGGAUUACCUGGGGAAGAUGGAGCUCCAGGACAGAAGGGAGAACCAGGAGCCUCUGGGUCGAGGGGCCCUGAAGGAGCUGCAGGAGUGGGCAUCCAGGGUGAAAAGGGGGAUCCGGGUCAGCGGGGGAUCCGUGGGUUAGCAGGGCCAUCAGGAAUAGCUGGACCCUCAGGGUCAAAGGGAGAGCCUGGCACCCCUGGGCGACUGGGUUUACCUGGACCACCGGGACGCUCAAUACCAGGACCAAAAGGUGACCCAGGCCCCUCAGGUUCACCUGGUUUAGCAGGAGAGACGGGGUAUGGACUUCCUGGACCAAAGGGUGAUCGCGGUGUUCCUGGUCCUGUCGGUCUAAGCGGCCCUAAAGGUGACGGCUAUCCUGGUCCCUCAGGGCCUCCCGGUCUCCCUGGUCUUCCAGGAGAAAAUGGUCAAGAGGGCAUCGGGAUACCAGGACCAAAGGGUGAAGUUGGCUUCAGAGGUUUACCGGGCCAACCUGGACCUCCUGGGGAAGGACUGCAAGGACCACCUGGCAUCAUGGGAAGACCAGGACCUCCUGGGCCAACUGGACCACCAGGACAAGGCAUACAGGGUCCAAAAGGAGAUCAGGGGUCGCAAGGUGUAACCGGGCCAAGGGGACCUCUUGGAGAAGGAAUCCCGGGGUCAAAGGGGGAUCGUGGAGCUCAGGGCGAGAGAGGGAUAAAGGGAGUCAAAGGUGACAUGGGAGAUUCUGGCGUUCCUGGACAAACAGGUAGACCAGGAAUCAAAGGAGACUCUGGGCUAACGAGGGAUGACAUCAUCAGAAUGAUCAGGGAGAUUUGUGGCUGUGGAGUCAAAUGUAAAGAGCGUCCGAUGGAGCUGGUGUUUGUGAUUGACAGCUCUGAGAGCGUUGGGCCUGAAAACUUCGAGAUCAUAAAGGACUUUGUGGCCGCACUGGUGGACAGACUCACUGUGGGACGUAAUGCCACUCGAGUCGGCCUCGUUUGUUACAGCCUUGAGGUCAAGCUUGAGUUCAACCUCGCUCGCUACAUGACCAAAGAAGAUGUUAAACAAGCCAUACGCAGGGUUCCCUACAUGGGCGAGGGCACGUACACCGGCUCUGCCAUCCGCAAAGCAACUCAAGAAGCGUUUUACAGCGCGAGGACGGGUGUGAGGAAGGUCGCCAUUGUCAUCACUGACGGGCAGACAGAUAAACGUGAGCCUGUGAAGCUGGAGAUCUCCGUUAGAGAGGCGCACGCAGCCAACAUCGAGAUGUACGCUCUGGGGAUUGUUAACAUUAGUGAUCCGACACAGGAAGAGUUUCUCCAGGAGCUUAACCUCAUCGCGUCGGACCCUGACACUGAGCACAUGUACUACAUAGACGACUUCAACACCCUGCCAGCUCUGGAGUCCAAACUAGUCAGUCAGCUUUGUGAGGAUGAGAACGGAGCACUCAUCUUCAGUCGCAUUAAUGGUUUUGAUAACGGAUAUGGAUUUAAUGGCAACCGCAUCAAUGGGAACGGCGGGUAUAAUUCUGGCACCAACAUAAAUGAAGGGAACAGAGACAACAAGGGAUCACAAUCUGGGAUGAACACUGUUACGCAAGAGCGCAGGAAGGGAGAAACGCUUGGUCCAGACAUUAGUGAGGUGGCUGAGCGUGCAACUGAGACACCAGACAUAAACACUUCCGAACUGAGCAGCGGUAGAGGAGAUACACCAGCAAUCACUGGGACAUCCACAAAUAUCAGACCUUCAUCAGGGACAUCAUCAUCAACAACUGUGAACUCGUCAUCAUCCUCAGUGCUGUAUAUACCAGCGCCACGACCACCGUUACCUAGAGAGUUUGUGUCUCUGGACCCCCGGUGUGAGCUGCUUCUGGAUCAGGGCCCUUGUCGGGACUAUAACAUCCGAUGGUACUACGACCGGCAGGCCAACGCCUGCGCACAGUUCUGGUAUGGAGGCUGUGAUGGGAACCGCAACCGCUUUGACACAGAAGAAGAGUGUAAGAGGACAUGUGUGGUCGUGAGAGCAGGAGGCUGAUGUCAAUUAUGGAUGCAUUUUCCUUUGUCUGUAAUUCCUCACUUAUCACUCCGACGGACCUGCACUGAAAAACACAAAGCAUAUGAAUGUUGUAGGUUAAGGGACAUUGUUAUGCAACAGUAGCGCAUCGAGAAGGCAUAUCAUUUCAUAUCACAACCAGCAGAACUGUGAGUAAGCAAUAUUGUACACUGUUAUAGUUAAACAACAUUAAUUGAAUUGGCAUUUAUGUAAUAAAUGAAAUGUGUUCUUGAUUUUAAAAAAAACUUUGUUGAAAUGUUUUUAGUAUCAGUGAAAGUUUUUUUUUUUAUCUCGUACUGUAUGUACUUUUUGUAAUAAAAUAUUUUGUACGUGGA